UGUCAAGCCAUGACGUUUGUUUGGCGUGCAUUUUUUUAUCAUGUUUGGGCGAUAUUUUAGUGAUAAAAUUAUUCCACAAAGAUUUUAACAAUUGUAUUUUGUUUUUACACUGUGAAUUUUGCUAGAAAUAUGUCGGUACACUGGAGUUCAGAGAUAAUGAAGUGGGAGUACCGGGAGUUGCAAGCCACGGCGAUGUCUGUAGAUUACUCGGGGAACAACGUGCUGUUGGCAGGCAGAAGGUCGCUAGCUAUCAAGCAGAUAAACCUGGAGGAGGACGCCGGGGACAUAGUGAAGAAAUAUCCUCGCCACAGCAAGUACGACGCAGCGGGUGCCGAGUGGUGCCAAUCGUAUCACGGACAGAAGCUGUGUGCUAUUGCGAGCAACCAAAGAGUGGAUGUAUAUGAAUGGCGAGGGAGUAAUGAACUAACUUGUGUUACAUCACUCCGUGGGCACACAAGAGUUGUAAGCGACACUCAUUUCCACAGACAAGAUCACAACCUGAUUGCAACAUGUUCUAUAGACACAUUCACCCAUCUUUGGGAUUUGAGAGAUGCAAGAAAACCAGUUCUUUCAUUAUGUGCUGUUGCUGGAGCUUCUCAAGUACAAUGGAAUAAAGUAGCUGCACACAUAGUUGCCACAGCCCAUGAUGGUGACAUAAAGAUCUGGGACUACAGAAAACAUACUGCCCCUAUACAAUACAUUUCUGCACAUUUAUGUAAAAUCCAUGGAGUUGACUGGAGUCCUCAUCAUGAAUACCAAUUGGUCACCUCCAGUCAUGACGGCAGUAUAAAGUUCUUUGACAUCAACAAUGCCAGGAGACCAGAAAAUGUUAUAAUGACCAACUUUCCUGUUUGGCGCGCAAUUUAUACACCAUUUGGAAGUGGUCUGUUGACUAUAGGAGUUGGCUGGGGAGGUUUGCCAAGAGUGGAACAAGCAGGAGUUAUUGGCAUAUGGGUGAAUGGGGCUCUCUCUCAUAGACUAGUAGGACACACUGACACAGUGCAAACAAUGGUUUGGAGACCAAACACUUCACCAUCCAACUAUCAGCUGGUCACAUGGGGCCGAGAUCAAACACUUAGGGUGUGGUCUAUGCACCCAUCUCUCUUGAAAAUGUGCAACCACUAUUUACCUGAUGAUACUGAGUAUGAUGAUGAUAAUAACAGUGACACUGUAAGUUAUGCAUCUACUGCUGGUUCCACGAAUGACCUCUCUGUAACUGAUAAUAAGGAAACAAAUAAAGAGUCCCACAAAAGUACUACCUCUAUUGAUGAAGAAUUCGAAUCUAUCCGUGAGAUGGCUAACAUUGAAGUUACUGAUAUAAACAUUGAUACCAGAACAUGUCAAAUCCAUUCAGAGAAAAAUGGAUACACUGCCAACUUACAAGUCAUGUUCCCUAGAAAUGUAACUGAAAAAACCAUACCAAAGUUUUCCUGGUUAUCUGGAACCAAUGUCGAUAGCACAACAACUAUCAAAAUACUUCAGGCUAUCAACAGGACUGCUUUCCGUAAGAAAAAAGAGGGCCGCAGAUGUCUAUUGCACUGUUUGAAGACAUUAGCAACAUCUGUGGAUGAGAUCCCAGUAAAAACAAGUGACGACUCAGACUCGAUGAAGUCCAGUCAAAGGAGUCAGUCGGAGAGCGAAAACGCAGGCGACUCGUGUAUACCGUUUCCUCGAACGUGUGGUGCUAAGUGGUGUGGCGUAGAUACUCUGGUCGUGUUCAACCGACCGACGAACGCUCGUCGACUGUCGCUGAAGCAUGAAGCGGGAACUCCUAGAUCGAUGUCGUCUCUUUCGCUCACGCCAGCGCUGUUCGGGACGGGGUAUAGUUCCGUGUCCCCUCACGCGACAACUACGCCGUCCCCCACCAACGCUCCCGGCUUCCCGCAGUUGCAUCACAGACAUCCGUCCAACUCUAUCACGACGUUUUAUUUUCAAGACAGAUGGAAGGCCCAAGGUCGCCGCGCAGGCAGUAUGCGCAGCCGCGGCAGUAUAUCGGGCAUCGGAUCACCUCGCGUCGUCCUCUACUCUGCCACUAGUCUGUUUCUCCUCAAUAGAAGCCUCGCUGAAAAAUACGUCAUCAACGCUGAAAAUCCUGUUGACAUGUGCGAGAAGAACGCGAAAGUAUGCUCGGAAGAAGGCGAAUCAGAACUUGCACACGCGUGGGGUUUAGCGGCGCUGACGGCGCGGUCGCUGCGUGCGCGCAUCGUGGAUCACUUGGCCUCUAGCGAGGAGAGCAUGGGCUGGGUCGGCCACCCGCUGUGCUGCAGCCUGCUGCAGUCCUUAAUCUCUCACUACGCCAAGUCAUCUGAUCUCCAAAUGGCAGCCAUGCUAGCUUGCGCCUUUUCCGUGUUUAACGACACAGGAAAUUCUAGCUCACAAUCUACCAUCAGUACCUCAAGUUGUGGAAACAACAACACAUCACCGUAUAGUACAGUAAAUCAAUAUAGUGAAAUCAGUGCAGAUGGUUGGACGCUACCUAUUGUACUUAGAAGUAAUUCGUGUUCAGAAGCUGAGAAUUUCUACACAGAUUCAACAGUUUCAAAGUCGGAGAAAACUUCGUCUUGCGUAUUGGACGAAGUCACAGUACAUCUUUAUCACUGUUUCAAGCGCGCAUAUGCCGAUAUUCUACAUCGUUGGCAGUUGUUGUACAGAAAAACAGAGGUGAUGAAGCUAGUCAGAUGCAAGCACGAGUCGGCCUCCGCGCGGCCGCCUGGCCCGUCCCUAGCGGCGGAAUGUGGCUGGUGCGGCCGCCUGGCUAAGGGCGCCGCUUGCACUAGUUGCGGCCGAGUAGCGCUGAGAUGUGCUGUGUGUACACUUGGAGUACGAGGACUGGCCUGCGCUUGCGCUUAUUGUGGACAUGCGGGCCAUGCUGCUCAUAUGAUGAAGUGGUUCUCGGAGCGCGACACGUGUCCCACCGGCUGCGGUUGCAAGUGCCUCAUAGAAGGGAAUAACAUGUGGAAAGGUGUCAAGUACGUGUGACAAAGAAGCUAUAUUGUUAUUAGGAUAAGUUAUUCUUCGAUUUUGUACAUUUAAUUAUUUGAAGACUGCGAAUUUGUAAACAUUUUAAAUAAAUAGGUAAAGUCGUUUUAUCUCAGAAUUUUAUUUAACAAACAUUUUAUGUUACAUCUUAUAAACAAACAAAAUGGAAGGUGCUCAUGAAUAUAGAAGAUUACGUGAGUUUGAAAAUUGUAAUAGGUAUAUUUUGCCUAAUUAUGCUUUACCUUCAGUCUCUUUGAAGCAUUUACAAACAGAGAAAAAGCGGUCAAUUUAAUAAGUCAAUUAAUUUUCUAGUCGCUUGUACCUUUGGGUUAAUAAUAUUCAAAGUGCUGAUGCUAGUAUCUUAUAAAAAAUUAUGAGAUCUUGUAAAUAAUGUACUUCAAUGUUACAUUUAUAAAUCAAUGUAUACUAGCAUCAGCCUUUGUAAAUGUGUUGCAUAAUAUCUAAAUAUACAUUACACUUUUAUUACAGAACUUUUAUUUGGAUAUUAGAUUAUCGUUUUAAUCUUUAUCUAAUAAGAUAGAUUCAUUGUUUAGUGAAAAAUUACAUUUAUAUACAAUUACAAUUUAGUAUUUUGCUAAUCACAUCAUCACGCGUGACAAAAGCGCCCAAAUUCCUUGCCCUGACCCCAAAACUCACCUUUACUUGUAACCGUAACUGCCUCUUAUUAACCGUCAGCCACACAAUAGUAAUAAAGUAACCACACACGUAACUUGAAUGUA